AGAAGGCAAAAAACCCUCGCAGAACAUGUGAAGGCGUGGUUGGGCCAGGCGCCCCCAGAAAACCCAAAUUUCAGCCCACGCAAAACCAAAACCAGGCGAGCGAGGCAGCGAGCGAGCCCCCUCCACCCACCCGUGCGCCACGGCCGCAGUGACAGAGCCGAGCGAGACGAGACCCAGACCGAGCGAGCGAGCAGGCGGGCGGCGCGGCGAUGGUGUCGGACUCGGAGCUGGUGGAGCGGCUGCGGGAGGUGCUGCGGUCGUCCGACCUCAACACCACCACCACCGCCAUCCUGCGCCGCCGCCUCGAGGAGGACUUCGGCGUCGACCUCUCCGACAAGAAGCUCUUCAUCCGCGAGCAGGUCGACCUCCUCCUCUCCGAGGUCGCCGGCAAGGCCGAGCAGGAGGAGGCGGAGGUGCCCAAGGAGGAGGAGCCCGAGACCGGGGCGGAGGCAGCGGGUGGAGAGCCAGGGGGCGCUGAAGGGGAGGGGGAAGAAGAGGAGGAGGAAGAGGAAGAGGAGGAGGAGGAGGAGGAGGAGGAAGACAGUAGCGGCAGCCGGAAGAAGCGGCGAUCAGAUGGAGCCAAUACUGAUGGCAAGAGAAAAGGUGGUGGCUUCACCAAAUUAUGUAGCAUUUCCCCAACGCUUCAAGAGUUUGUUGGUGCCUCUGAGUUAGCUAGGACAGAGGUAGUCAAGAAGCUUUGGGCAUAUAUCCGAGAAAAUAACUUGCAAGACCCAAGCAAUAAGAGGAAGAUUCUGUGUGAUGAGAGAUUGAAGAAGAUCUUCAAUGUCAACUCCAUCGAUAUGUUCCAAAUGAAUAAAGCAUUGACGAAACACAUAUGGCCAUUGAAUUCUGAUGGUCCUGUGACCUCUGCCUCACCUGAGAGAUCAACACCCAAAGAGAAGCCUCAAAAGAGAGAAAGAAAUGAAGGGAAGAAGCAAAAAGGUGGUUCUUCUGGGUCUGGAUCUGGUUUUCUUGUGCCCCUUCAACUUUCGGAUGAUUUAGUGAAAUUCAUUGGCACUGGUGAGAGUAUGCUUUCGCGAUCUGAUGUUGUGAAAAGAAUGUGGGACUAUAUAAAAGAGAAUAAAUUACAGGAUCCUUCUGACCGGAGGAAAAUAAUAUGUGACGAGAAGCUGAAGGAUCUAUUGCAAGUUGAAUCAUUCAAUGGCUUUACUGUUUCGAAGCUGCUUGCUCCCCAUUUCACCAAGACAAAGUAGUGACUUGCACCAUCCAGAUCUGCCAAACCCAGAAGGAUGGGUAAUUUUGUUUUGCAGAAUGUGUAACAUGAAACUGUUAGGGAACUAUGUGAGAAAUGUGGAAUUUUAACUUGUGGGUGGGAUCUCCUUCCGAAAUCAACAGUAGGUUCCUAAAAAUCUAAUGAAGUUUGCAUCUGUUGACUAACCAUUUCGCUCUCCCAAAAAGAUUGUAGGGACAUAAAAAUUACGCUUUA